AUGAGUUCAAAAGAAAACAUAGUUCCCACGACUAAAAAUGUGUCAGUGAAUAAUACAAAACCGUACGGAAGCAUUGUGUUAACCUUACAAAACUGUUUAUUGCCAGAAGAAAAAUUAAUUACCACUCCAAGUCGAUUGGAUGGAUUGGAUGCCGAGACGGAGAUAGAUUUGCGAAUUUAUGGCUGCGAGCUGAUCCAAACAGCUGGAAUCCUGCUGAAAUUACCACAGGUUGCGAUGGCCACGAGUCAAGUCUUGUUUCAGAGAUUUUAUUACAGUAAAUCUCUGGUGAGGCAUGACAUGGAGAUCACCGCCAUGGGCUGUGUUUGCUUGUCAAGUAAAAUCGAGGAAGCACCUCGAAGAAUCAGGGAUGUAAUCAACGUCUUCAAUCACAUCAAACAGGUAGCCAAUCAAAAAACAAUCCAGCCAGUAAUUCUUGAUCAAAAUUAUGUAGCUCUAAAAAAUCAAGUAAUUAAAUCAGAACGUCGAGUUUUGAAGGAGUUGGGCUUCUGUGUUCAUGUGAAACAUCCUCACAAGAUAAUUGUCAUGUACUUACAAGUGUUGGGGUAUGAAAAAAACCGCGCUUUGAUGCAAAAGUGCUGGAAUUACAUGAACGAUUCACUGCGUUCAGAUGUAUUUUUACGACACCAUCCAGAAACAAUUGCUUGCGCUUGUGUUUAUUUGGGCGCUAGAGAGCUCCAACUUCCUUUGCCAUCACAGCCUCCUUGGUUUGCUCUAUUUAAGGUCAAAGAAUCAGCCAUCAGAGACGUUUGUAAGUGUAUUCUAAGGCUGUAUUCUCGCCCGAGGAUAAACUCCGAGCAAUUGGAGAAAAAAGUCGAGGAACUAAGGCGAAAAUUUGAAGAAGCUAGGUCCAAAGCACGUGGAGAUGCUGAAGGACACACUCCCAGUCCUCCUCUUCCGAAGCACCACAAUGCUUGGGGAGGUUUCAUCAGCCGCAGUGGAACUCAUGCCGUUCCUGAACGAGCAAAAUCACCCAAGCGCUCGAAGUCUUCCAGCAAUGCUUCGGGGUCUGUUCAACGGAGUGAAGAAACUAAGCAUAAUAAGCGGAAGAAGCACUCAAGUAGAAGCAGGUCCAGGAGUCACAGUCGCAGUCGGACUCGCAAGACCAAAAAAACUCACCGUCAUAGAUCUGGAAUUAAAAACGGCGACAUUGAUCAAGUCAGAGAAUUUCUCGAAAAAAAAAACAUUAAUGUAAACGAAAAGAUUGAUGGCAGGACACUGUUGCAUUACGCUGCUGACUAUGGGCAAAAUGAAGUACUUAGAUAUCUUCUUGACAAAGGUGCUGAUGCUGAUGCAACUGACAAACAUGGUAUAACUAGUCUGUUAUCGGCAAUUUGGGAGGGUCAUGCCGGAUGUGUUAAAUUGCUGCUAGAGAAAGGCGCUAAGCAAGAUGGAUUGACACCAGAUGGUAAAACUUACCUUGAUGCAGCUGAAAAAGACGAGAUUAAAAAUCUACUCCGUGAUAGGCACUAA